UUAACUUGUUAAAUCAGAAGACAAUAUAAAUAUUUUAAAAAUGAAGUAGUCCUUCAGGACAGAUGGAAGAUGGCAUCUGCUACUCGAUUCAUCCACAGGCUACGGAACUGGGCCUCCGGGCGAGACUCGCAGGUGAAGCUGCAGCUGCAUUACCAGAGCACCAAGCGCUCUCUGCCUCCUCCCGGACUCCCUGUGGGCCCCAGCCACAAGCUCACCAACAAUUAAUAGUGCACUUGUGAUGGCCACUGGGAAGCCAUGCCGCCCUCUGUCAUCAUGUCCUCACAGAAGGCCCUGGAGCCAGGCAAGCCAGCAGGGAGCUCAGCUGUGGCAGCCACUGAGAAGAAGGCAGUGAUACCAGCUUCUGCCCUACAGAGGUGGGAGCUGUCCCAAGACCAGCCUUACCUGUGACACUGCC